GCUGAUUUAGGCCCAAAAUUUAUUGCUGUGUGAAACCUUAAUUGGGCUUUUGACUUGGUCCAGCUGGGCUUUGGAAUCAAAGGAUCAUUUCUAGUAAACUUAUCUGAAAACAAUUCUUCAACGCGUCACCGGCGGACCGCCAACAUCACAAUCCCCUAAACCGCCUAGGACCCAAACCUUACCUAUAUAUACAAUUAAGAGAUCGAUUUUUUCCGACCUCUGUUUUUUUCUUCCCAAUUCUCCAAUUUUUGGGUAGUCAUCAUCGGCGUCUUCAGAGUUGCAGUUCUGGAUGAAGUAGCUGCCAUGGAUUAUUUCUUCAUCUAUCUCCGAUUCCAUUCAAAGAUUGACGCCUUCGAUAUUGCUAUUGAAGCUUUCACUGAAACCUCUUCUUCUUGACCCUUUAAUUUCUUCUUGCGAACCCUAACCCUAGAUUACACCAUUCUUUUUGUUACCUUACGAGUUAUUCUAUUCUACAACAAUGGAUCUGAUUUCUAAUUCUGAGAACGAUGAUGACGAAGCUAUAUCGGAGGUUUCGCCUUGCGGCCGUUUUGUUCGGUCCGAUGAAGUUCUUGGGAGGGGCGCCUUCAAGGUCGUUUACAAGGGUUUUGAUCUGGAGUUGGGUUUUGAGGUGGCUUGGUGCCAGAUCAACAUGAAUCGCGAAAUCGAUUCGGUGAAAUCAAGGUUGCUUUCGGAGGUUCAUUUGAUGGAAGCCGUCCAACACGAGAACGUCGUCAAGUGUUACUCUUGGUGGAUCGACCAACCCAAGAUGAACAUAAACACGAUCACCGAGUUGUGUAAUUCCGGGACAUUGAGGCAAUACAGGAAGAAGCACAAAUCCGUUAACCUCAAGGCCAUCAAGAAUUGGGGAUCGCAAAUCUUGAAAGGGCUGAAUUAUCUGCACACCCAUGAUCCACCCGUUGUUCACAGGGAUUUGAAGUGCGACAACAUAUUUGUCAACGGGAAUAACGGGCAGGUCAAAAUUGGUGACUUGGGGAUGGCCACACUGAUGGAGCAGCACCGUCGUCUGGGGAGUGUUCUUGGGACACCUGAAUUUAUGGCUCCCGAGCUGUACGAUGAGGACUACAAUGAAUUGGUGGAUGUGUAUUCGUUUGGGAUGUGUAUGCUGGAAUUAGUCACUUGUGAGUAUCCUUACAGUGAAUGCAACAAUGUGGCUCAGAUUUUCAAGAAGGUCACAACUGGAGUGAAGCCUUUAGCUUUAGGCAAAGUCAAGGAUCCUCAGAUUAAGAGCUUGAUCGAGAAGUGUUUACUUCCUGCCUCUCACAGGCCUAGUGCAGCAGAGCUCUUGAAAGAUCCAUUCUUUUCAUCAUCAGGGGAUGAUGCCAAAUCUGCUGUUUCAACACCUAAAUCUGACGGUGUUUCAAGGAAUGAUAAGUUUUCCUUUGGGACAUCAUCAGCAUCCCUUGGAAGUGUCAAUAGCUUUACCCCUGUUACUAUUUCAGAAGCUUCCAGGUUCACAGACAAUUUGAUACUACAAUUGAGGGGGAAGAAACUUGACAACAUGACAAUUUCAUUUAAAAUGCGGAUAGCAGACACCAGAAGUCAUGUGGCCAACUGUUUUGAGUUCGACUUUGAUCUCAAGGCUGAUGAUGCCCUCAAAAUAGCUCUCGAAUUGGCUGAUGGCAAAGACUUGACCUAUUACCAAGUGCCCGUUGCUGUUGAGCUGAUUGAUAACGUGCUUCUGCAGCUAGAACCAAGCUGGAUACCUUGCCAUCAAUUUGUCAACCAGCCAUAUGUUUCAUUUGGGUGCAGGGAAAUGAGUUCGACUUUGCUGUUUGGUACAGUGGUUCAUUGAGGAAUCAAAGAAGGAAUUGUAAAUAGACCGUCCAAAUUGUACUCCCUCUCCCAAAAUUAUUGUCCAAUUUGAGAUUUCAAUUUUAGUACAAUUUAAACUAAGAAUGAAAAACUCAAACUACACAAUAAUUUUGGGACUGAGAGAAUAUUUGUUUACUCGGGAUCAAUAAAAGAAUCAUUUUAUUUUUCUCACAGGUGGAUUAGUUUACUUUCUGAAGGUUUUCCUUCUCGAUGUGCCGUUAUUAAUUUACAGGGCUAAUGGUCAUGAAAUGGUCAAAAGUUUUGGCUCUUUUGCUAUAGGUUUUGGGUGUCACUGUUUGACUACAUGGUAAACUUCUUUCUCCAUAUAGUAUAUCGAAC